UUCUGUUUUCCCAUUUUACUGUGCUUCUCCAAAAUCUCCUGCAUCUCACCAUAGUUCCUGUAUUUCCUAAAACUGCUGUCUGACGUGAUUCAGCUUUGGUUGGGAAGCUUUAUGCAUUGGCUUCACAUUUACACGGGAAGAGGAAACUGAUUUAUCAACCCAUGAUUAAUGAAGUUCAUCUCUGCGUUCUUGUAUUUAGAUAAACUUGUUGCCUAAGAUGUGUAUCAUCUUCUUUAUGGCUUUGUGUUGCAAAACCUCCUUAUUGUCAUAAAAAAAGAUUAUAAGAGUAUGUUUUAAAAGAAAAUACUAUUUAUGUCUCUCUACUCUCUACUGUCUCUCGAAUGUGUAACUAUGUAGCAAUUUCCAAGUGAACAUUUUCCAAGUGUAUUUGUCCUGAAAUAACCUAACAUGAAUCUUUCUCCAACAUAGUCUGAAGUUCCCAAACUCCGGCUGGACGGAUUCUUUUAAAUCUGUGUAUUUAAGCAAUGAAACUCAAUAUUUCCCCUCAUGAUAUUUCUCUCCCUUUAUCUCUCGUCUCUUCUUACCCACAAUCCUCCCUGAUGCCGGACCACGGUAAACGUAAAGCCCUCAAGUUAAAUUUUGCCAAUCCUCCGAUCAAACCUACUUCCAGAAUCACUCUGAACACCGCCGGACUUCCUUUCCAGAACCCACACAUAGAGCGGCUGCGGACACACAGUAUCGAGUCGUCUGGGAAGCUGAAGAUCUCUCCGGAGCAGCACUGGGACUUCACAGCCGAAGACCUGAAGGAUCUCGGCGAGAUCGGCCGAGGAGCGUACGGCUCCGUCAACAAGAUGGUGCACAAACCCAGUGGACAAAUCAUGGCCGUCAAAAGGAUCCGGUCGACGGUGGACGAGCGAGAACAGAAGCAGCUGCUGAUGGAUCUGGAUGUGGUCAUGAGGAGCAGCGACUGUCCCUACAUCGUCCAGUUUUACGGGGCUCUUUUCAGAGAGGGGGAUUGCUGGAUAUGCAUGGAGCUCAUGUCUAUCUCCUUUGACAAAUUCUACAAAUACGUUUAUUCCUCUUUAGACGAAGUGAUUCCAGAGGAGAUUUUAGGGAAAAUAACAUUAGUUACUGUGAAAGCACUUAACCACUUAAAAGAAAACUUGAAAAUUAUUCACAGAGACAUAAAGCCAUCGAAUAUCCUCCUGGACAGGAAAGGCAACAUUAAGCUGUGUGAUUUUGGCAUCAGUGGACAGCUGGUAGACUCCAUCGCCAAAACCAGAGACGCAGGCUGCAGACCGUACAUGGCACCGGAGAGGAUAGACCCCAGCGCUUCCAGACAGGGUUAUGAUGUGCGCUCAGACGUCUGGAGUUUGGGGAUCACCCUGUAUGAACUGGCCACGGGACGGUUCCCCUACCCCAAGUGGAACAGCGUGUUCGAUCAGCUGACGCAGGUGGUGAAGGGCGACCCGCCGCAGCUCAGCAGCUCAGAGGAGAGACAGUUCUCCCCCAAAUUUAUCAACUUUGUCAACCUGUGCCUUACAAAGGACGAGUCAAAAAGGCCAAAGUACAAAGAGCUUCUGAAACAUCCCUUCAUUCAGAUAUACGAGGAGCGUACGGUGGACGUGGCCAGCUAUGUCUGCAAGAUCCUGGACGAGAUGCCCGCGUCUCCCAGCUCCCCCAUGUACGUGGACUGACACGAGGCGCAAGCGUUGGUGUAAACACAGAACGGCAGUAUUAAACAGGAAACCGUACACGAGAGAACCGCGGCGUUCAGUUCAAGCUCGACUGUAAAAUACCUCCUAGCCCAUGUCCCUCCCUCCCUCUCUCUCUCUUACUUUCUCUCUCUCACACACACACACACACACACACCUGUAAAGCGCAAACACACACAUGUCUGACGGCGGUCUGAUCUCUCGUUGAUGCGGAAUAGUGAUUUUAAACUGAUAUUAAAUAAUGAAAUAAUAAAUAAGCCUGGAAUUGUAUUUAUACUUCUGAAAUCACUUGUGGAAUAUUUGAUUCGGAAAGCCUUCGACGUACUGGAAAUCUGCUCGUGUCUUGUCCCUCCUCUUCGUGUAUGUGAUAUUAAACGUGUUUUGUAUGUAAAGGUGAAUGAUGAUGCAGAGGUGGCCGGGGUUUCUGUAAUCCUCACUGUACAACGACUAUGUGCUGAUAAUAUAAAUAAAACUGAGGAAUAUGGAAA